UUACUGGGAAUGAGAGUAAACAAUGUUUAUGAUGUGGAUAAUAAGACAUAUCUUAUUCGCCUUCAAAAACCCGACUGCAAGGCCACGCUGCUGCUUGAAUCUGGCAUACGCAUUCACAUGACGGAGUUCGAGUGGCCGAAAAACAUGAUGCCGUCUAGUUUUGCCAUGAAGUGCCGUAAGCAUUUAAAGACCCGACGACUUGUCAGUGUAAACCAGCUGGGUAUUGACAGGAUUGUGGACUUCCAGUUUGGAAGCGAUGAAGCUGCUUACCACCUCAUCAUUGAGCUGUACGACAGGGGUAACAUCGUCCUGACCGACCACGAAUACAUCAUUUUAAACAUUCUGAGGUUUCGCACGGGUGAAGCGGAUGACGUCAGGUUCGCGGUUCGGGAACGAUACCCAGUCGACAGUGCGAAAGCGCCUGCACCUCUGCCAACCUUGGAAAGGUUGACUGAAAUAAUAUCAAAUGCACCCAAAGGGGAACAACUGAAGAGGGUCCUUAACCCGCAUCUUCCUUAUGGAGCCACUCUUAUUGAGCAUUGCCUUAUAGAAGCUGGAUUUUCUGGUUCUGUCAAAAUAGAUCAGCACAUGGAAAGUAAAGAAAAUAUUGAAAAAGUGCUCAGUGCUUUAGAGAAAGCGGAAGAAUACAUGACACUGACCGACAGCUUCAGUGGGAAGGGUUAUAUUAUCCAGAAAAGGGAGAAAAAGCCAAGUCUGGAAGCGGAUAAACCAGCAGAAGAUAUUUACACAUAUGAGGAAUUUCAUCCUUUCUUGUUUUCUCAACAUUCAAAAUGUCCGUACUUGGAAUUUGACUCAUUCAAUAAGGCAGCAGACGAGUUCUACUCCAAGCUCGAGGGACAGAAAAUUGAUCUGAAAGCAUUGCAGCAGGAAAAACAAGCAUUGAAGAAACUGGAAAAUGUCCGUAGGGAUCAUGAGCACAGACUAGAAGCUCUUCAGCAAGCUCAGGAAGCUGAUAAGAUAAAAGGAGAACUUAUAGAAAUGAACUUGGAGAUCGUCGACCGAGCCAUCCAGGUGGUCCGUAGUGCGUUAGCCAACCAGAUCGACUGGACAGAGAUCGGAGCGAUCGUUAAAGAAGCCCAAGCGCAGGGAGACCCCGUUGCAAGUGCUAUCAAAGAACUGAAGCUUCAGACAAAUCAUAUCACGAUGCUGCUGAGGAACCCGUACGUGUUAUCUGAAGAGGAGGAGGAGGAGGAGGAUGCCGAGUUAGAGAAAGAAGAAACGGAAGAACCCAAGGGAAAAAAGAAAAAGAAUAAAAACAAACAGUUGAAGAAACCUCAGAAAAACAAACCGUCGUUAGUUGACGUGGAUCUCAGUUUGUCUGCGUACGCCAAUGCCAAGAAGUACUAUGAUCACAAAAGACACGCAGCCAAGAAGACUCAGAAGACGGUAGAAGCUGCAGAAAAGGCCUUUAAAUCAGCUGAGAAGAAGACGAAGCAGACACUGAGGGAAGUUCAGACAGUUACCACCAUUCAGAAAGCGAGAAAAGUCUAUUGGUUUGAGAAGUUCCUGUGGUUCGUUAGUUCUGAGAAUUACCUUAUUAUUGCUGGAAGAGAUCAGCAGCAGAAUGAGCUGAUUGUCAAGCGCUAUCUCAAAUCAGGGGACAUAUAUGUGCAUGCCGACCUCCACGGGGCCACGAGCUGUGUGAUCAAGAACCCAUCAGGUGAACCGAUCCCUCCCCGAACGCUGACGGAGGCAGGCACGAUGGCCUUGUGCUACAGCGCAGCCUGGGACGCCCGCAUUGUCACCAGUGCUUGGUGGGUCUCCCACAACCAG